UCAUUAAAUGAAAAUUUGGACAACUCACAGUAUGGAUGAGUGAUAGUAAAUAAUCAAAGGGUUAGAUCUGGGAAUUUGCUUUGGACUCUGGAUGUGACACUAGAAAAGAUGUGUCAACCACUGGAUGGGUCUCUCUGCCGGCUUCUCUAAUGUAGUAUACUUCGGGCGCCAUCUUGCUUACACUCAUCCACCUCCCCUAGUGAGCAGCCAGGGCGGGGGUGCUAGAGGUUGUGUGUGUGUGUGUGUGUGUCUGAGGCGUUUCGGAUUGGAGAUGCAAAAAGAAAGGGCAGUUUCGAGGAAGUGACGGACGAGGCUCAGGGGACUGGUCAGAGGAAGUUUGCUCGAUGGUUGGUACCGUGCUGCUGAACCAAACUUUUCCCCCCUGAGCAGCGGCGGCACCGUGGAUCGGGACGGACGGAUCCAGCGGCGGAGGGAGCUUUUGUUUCCUCGCCACACGAGCACCGCUGAGGACUAACUUGAGGUCGGGAGAGAAAACGGGGGAUCGCAGAGGAAUUUCACUCCCGCAACCAAGCCCCCCUUUUCCCUUCGCUUCCCCGCGCCUCCUCUGUUUUUUUUUACCCCGGUAUUCGCGAUGGGGAAGGAGCAGGAACUUCUCGAAGCGGCGCGGACUGGAAACCUGGCCGCGGUGGAGAAGCUUUUAUCCGGGAAGCGACAGAGUGCUGGCACCGGCAGCGGAUCGUCUGGGACCGGUGGAAGUGGCAACAGCGGCGGACACGGCGCCUCCUCUCAUCCGCUCUCCAGUCUGCUCAGCAUCUGGAGAGGCCCCAAUGUGAAUUGUGUGGACAGCACUGGAUACUCCCCUCUCCACCACGCCGCCCUAAAUGGACACAGCGAGGUGGUGGAGGCGCUGCUACGAAACGAGGCCUUGACGAACAUCGCCGACAACAAGGGCUGCUACCCUCUCCAUCUGGCUGCGUGGAAGGGAGAUGAACAUAUCGUCAAACUGCUCAUUCACCAAGGACCUUCACACCCCAAACUCAACGAGCAGAGCUCUGUAGACCAUAAAGAGUUCAAACGCUGUGGGCCCUUUGACCCCUAUAUUAAUGCCAAGAACAAUGACAACGAGACACCGCUGCACUGUGCCGCCCAGUACGGCCACUCCCGGGUGGUGCGGCUGCUGCUGGAGGAGCUGACGGACCCCACUAUGAGGAACAACAAGUUUGAGACUCCACUGGACCUGGCUGCGCUGUACGGCCGCCUGGAGGUGGUCAAGCUGUUGCUCAGUGCACACCCCAACCUGCUCAGCUGCAACACCAAGAAACACACGCCGCUGCAUCUGGCGUCUCGGAACGGACACCUGUCUGUGGUGGAGGUGCUGCUGGACGCUGGCAUGGACAUCAACUAUGAGACGGAGAAAGGCAGUGCCCUCCACGAAGCAGCCUUGUAUGGGAAGACGGAUGUGGUGCAGAAACUUCUCAGUGCAGGUAUCGAUGUGAACAUCGUUGAUCAGAAGGGCCUGACAGCGCUGGACAUUGUCAAGGACAUGCCCUCCCAGAAGAGCAGAGAGAUAGCCGCUCUCAUCUUAGGUCACAUGACUGGAAAACCCCCUGACAUUGACCUUCCCCCUCCACCAAUCCCUCCGCCUCAGGAGAGUCCCAGCCCACGGAAAAAGGGUGAUCUGGAGAAGGUGAGUGAGCUGAUCUCGGGGCUGGCCCCGGGGCCUGAGGAGGAGAGCCCGUACGAGGCUCUGUUUGAAGCCACCUCUUGCCACUCUCUGGACAGCCUCACCAGCGGCAAGUCCUCCGACAGGGACUCUGGGCGGCCGGAUAGUGAAGCUGGCAAGAAAGAUCGCCUGGUCCACUCAUCACAUGCUGGCCCUGGUCAUGAAGAAGAGGUGAGCUCAGAGGCCCUGUAUACUAAUAGCAGUAUUGAUGAGAGAGGCGAGCCGGCGGAGGAGGAGGAGGAUCACACGUAUGAGUUGUUGCUGACUGCUCAGACCAAACACCCACCGCCCAGCCUGGAGCCCCAGUCCAAUAAAGAUGAGAACACCACUAUACAGUCUUCCAACAGUGUCCUACCUCAGCGUAAACCCACUGCCCCGAAUGACCUCAGAGCCCCGAGCAAGACGAAAGACACCCUGCACCCUCACCCACGGGCACCUGGAGAUAACUCCCAGCCCGGCCAGGAUCAGGGAGCAGGUGUCCCGGAGCAGUUCACUGGCCUCCUGCACGGAUCCUCCCCUGUCUUCGACUGCCGCGAGGAGCCCUUCAGGCUUCCAGGUGUCCCGCCACCCAACCAGGGCCAGCCAGAAUCAAGAAAACCCGCCAAAGUGAAAGAGGAAGUAGCAGCAGCUGCACCGCCACCGAGCCGUCCCAGUAUGGCCGCCAUCCUGACAGACUGUGAUCCAAAAGCAAUUUAUGCAACUGUGAACAAGGAGCCAAGGGACUUAGGGGCCGGGGCAGCGUCUGCCGUUAGGAUGCGCCCUCCAGGGGACCUGAAGCUGGCACGCAGCCUCUCCAAGUCUGACUCAGACUUGCUCGUGUCGCCCCCUAGUGAGGAGGACGGAGGAUUGGGAAACCGUAGCGAGUCUGUUUCUAACUGUAGCACUGGCAAGAAGAGGCUUGAGAAAUCUCCCUCUUUCACCUCAGAAUGGGACGAGCAGACACCGACGAACUCUCCUACCACAAUACCACGAAGAUCUAAUUCUGCUGAGAGCAUCGAGAAGAUCAUGACGCUGAUUGGUGCUGGCAUCGAUUUUUCCAGAGAUCAGCAAUAUGCUACACCAGCAGGUGCUGCCGGCCGGCUGCUGGACCAGCCUGUGGGAGACUGGCUGGAGCACGUGGGGCUGCCGCAGUACGAGAGCAAACUACUCCUGAACGGCUUCGAUGACCUGCACUACAUGGGGAGCAAUGUAAUGGAGGACCAGGACUUGAGAGAGAUUGGGAUCACAGACCCAAGCCACAGGAAGAAGAUCCUGCACGCAGCACGUUCAUUACCAAAGGUGAAAGCUCUGGGCUGUGACGGCAGCAACUCCCUCUCCUCCUGGCUGGAGAAUCUGGGCCUGCACGAGUACUUACACAACUUCCUGGCCAGCGGCUACCGCACUCUGGACUGUGUCAAAAACCUGUGGGAGCUGGAGAUUGUCAAUGUGCUAAAGAUCUCCCUACUUGGUCACAGGAAACGCAUCAUUGCUUCCUUAGCGGAGAGACCCUACGAGGAACCUCCGGUCAAGCCUCCUCGUUUGUCUCAGAUCAGGUGCCAAGAUUUGCCUGGAUCCCAGACGUCGUCCCCCCUCAGUCAGAUGGAGUCCUACACAGGACGCUCAAUGGACCCUUUGCUGCCAGUGGGAGAGCCAGGGAGGAAAAAAGUGGCAGACACUGACUAUGACGUUACCCAAAGAUAUCGCAGUGAUCGAGUCAGGUCACAUGAACGGUACGAAGAGCGGCAUCGAGAGCCCCGUCUGACCCUGCGGCCGCCGAGUCUGGCAGCACCGUACGCCCCGGUCCAGAACUGGCAUCAUCAGCCUGAGAAACUCAUCUUUGAAUCCUGCGCCUAUGAAGCCAGUUACCUUGGUUCCAUGCUGAUUAAGGAUCUGCGGGGUACCGAGUCCACGCAGGAUGCCUGUGCCAAAAUGCGGAGGUCGACAGAACAAAUGAGAAAAGUCCCGACCAUCGUCCUUUCCAUCACCUACAAGGGUGUGAAGUUCAUUGAUGCAGCCAAUAAGAACAUCAUCGCGGAGCAUGAGAUCCGUAAUAUUUCAUGUGCAGCCCAGGACCCAGAGGACUUGUGCACAUUUGCCUACAUCACCAAGGACCUGCAGACCAGCCACCACUACUGCCAUGUGUUCAGCACAGUAGACGUGAACCUGACCUAUGAGAUUAUACUGACGCUCGGCCAGGCGUUUGAGGUAGCCUAUCAGCUGGCUCUGCAGGCCCAGAGGACCAAACAGCACCAGAACCUCCCAGCGGGACCCAGCUCAGAGGUCAUUGAGACCAAGUCCAGCCGACCUGUACCUAGACCACGAGGCAGCGUACGGAAGUCAGGGGGCGACAUCGUGGAGCAAGAGGGGGAUUCUCAGUCCCAGGGCAGCGCUACGUGGCUGGUGGACCCCAAGGAAUCCAAGCGCACUAUCAGCACUAACUGAACACUGUGGCCUCUCCCAAGCCAGUAAGAAAGGACAGGAUUGAGCCCUGUUGCAUGGUGGGUAAGGUGUUUUGUUGGGCCAAAGCAGCAGAAUCACAUCAGCAGGUGGAUCAAGCUCGCCACAGUAACACACGGGCCUGGAAGCAAACAGACGUAAAGCUUUCAAGAGUUCAUCACCACACACACACGCGCGCGCUCAGUUUAACUUCCUGUCCGUCAGAAAGUGACACUCAGAUGUAUUUGUUGUGCUUUAUGUAUUUCCUCUUAACACGUAUCAGACCUCCCUCAUGAAGGCUGGUGUUUACUCUUUGAGGAAAUGUACCGGCGGUGUCACAAUGCAGAACUUGUAAUGAAAGGGGAAGUGGCUCAGAUAAGGAACAUGAAUUUUUAUGUGAUGAUACAAAGGUACAAACUAUCAGACCAAGACCUCACACUGUAGGCACACACUCCUUCCUGGAUCAUUCGUCCUGUAUCCACACAUUGUAGCGUCUCUCCACGACCGUCAGCUCGUCAUCCCAAACAUACAUGUAUAACUGUGAUAAACGAUGUAAUCUUGCACGGGAGGAGCUCUCUAACCAAAGGGCAGAGGAACUGACACUACAAAGACUGUUUUAUAACGAUAUAAUAUAACGGGGGGUGGCUUUUAUUUGAUUUGAAAGUUGUUUUGCUUCUAUGUUUUAAUUGUUAUCUAGGACAAUGAUGUGUCCUAAUGCUGGAACUGGAUCAGUUGUGGUUCACUUCUCCUUCCCUGCUCCUUUUGUUCAGUUAAUCUUGACCAGAUUAUUCACCAAACCUGCCAUGCAGGCUGGUACGUCUUUAGAUUUUAGCUGCAGAACAGAACAAUAGGGCAGAGCAUGUUUCUCCUAGCUAACUCCCAGUAUGUUGACUGUUAAUGGUACUUUCUGGUCAGCCGAUGUGUAUAUGGGUACAUUAGUCAGGUCGUUUUGAUUUAACUGUUGUAUAUGUGGUACGUUGUCAGGCCAGCGCGAUAGCUCUAUGGUACACUGUCGUCGGCGCCUUUGGCCAUCAGCCUGGUCCCGUUCUGCUUUUGCACAUUGUUAAGGGUCAGAGAGAUAUUUAGGGACUAAUCUGAUGACGACAAUGAUGAGAAUGAUAUUGUACAUGAAUCUAGCGGUCUGUAUUUUGAUACUUGAAUGAUUUUUGCUUUUAUAGAUAUCUAUAUAUAUGUAUAUGUAUGUAUGUAAUUUUUGACGUUUGUCAAAAGAGAGAAAAGGACUAUGUCUUAUAAAGUUAAACAUAUCGUGAAUAAAUACCCUGUGAUUUAAAAAAAAAAAAAAA